AUGUUUUUGACCAACAACAGGAUGUGCCUGGCCACCAACUGGUGGCGCUCUGUUGUUGACACGUGUGCGACGGUGUUCAUCAUAGCUCUCAGCAACCAGAGCGAGCUCCGCGCGGUCGAAGUGGCCAAGGCCUACAGACCUUGGGGCGUGGCCGCCCUGCGCCUGAUCGACCUUGGCGCCGAAGGCCGCCGCCUCAGGGCCCGACCCGCGCGGAAUACCUGCUCUGCGGACACAGCGCCGAGUGACUUUCACCCGUCGCUGCGUCUGGAGACGUGCAGCGCCGCGGGGGCUGUCGUCGCAGGCGGCUUCAUCCGCGCAAAGGCCACAGGGGAACCAGGACUCUACUAUCCACUGUCCCCGAGGUGCCAGUUCUACCCGACAGGGGAGUACCUGCGCUUCGUGCGGGUGCCUGAGAGGUGCCAGUUCUACCCGACAGGGGAGUACCUGCGCUUCGUGCGGGUGCCUGAGAGGUGCCAGUUCUACCCGACAGGGGAGUACCUGCGCUUCGUGCGGGUGCCUGAGAGGUGCCAGUUCUACCCGACAGGGGAGUACCUGCGCUUCGUGCGGGUGCCUGAGAGGUGCCAGUUCUACCCGACAGGGGAGUACCUGCGCUUCGUGCGGGUGCCUGAGAGGUGCCAGUUCUACCCGACAGGGGAGUACCUGCGCUUCGUGCGGGUGCCUGAGAGGUGCCAGUUCUACCCGACAGGGGAGUACCUGCGCUUCGUGCGGGUGCCUGAGAGGUGCCAGUUCUACCCGACAGGGGAGUACCUGCGCUUCGUGCGGGUGCCUGAGAGGUGCCAGUUCUACCCGACAGGGGAGUACCUGCGCUUCGUGCGGGUGCCUGAGAGGUGCCAGUUCUACCCGACAGGGGAGUACCUGCGCUUCGUGCGGGUGCCUGAGAGGUGCCAGUUCUACCCGACAGGGGAGUACCUGCGCUUCGUGCGGGUGCCUGAGAGUGUGGCGUGUGGCGGUGACUGGCAUGUUUCUGACUGGAGGGACGGCGUGCUUGCAGGGUGCCAGUUCUACCCGACAGGGGAGUACCUGCGCUUCGUGCGGGUGCCUGAGAGUGUGGCGGUGGGCGGCGAGGUACUGCAGGUGGAGGUGCACCCCAGGCACAACAUCUCUCUGCAGCCCGUCGACAAGGCGGAGGACGCGGCCUUCUUCUCGCUGGAGGACUCGAACCCGCGCGCCGUGUCCGUGCGCCUGGCGCAGUCGCUGGACGGCCUCGUGGACAGCGACACGCCGCAGAACGUGCUCAAGUUCCGCCUCGUGUGCGACCACCUGGACGGCGACGACACGAUAUCAUCGUACUUGUCCGUGACGGUGUAUGUGGAAGAUGUGAACGACCACGCGCCGGAGUUCCAGAAUGCUCCCUACCACGUCACCGUGGAGGAGUUGUCGCCAGUGGGCCUGACCAUCUUCAGGGGCGUGCACGCGGUGGACCGCGACAAGCCCAACACGCCCAACUCGGACGUGCAGUACGCCCUCACGGAGGGCAACGAGAAGGGCUGCUUCGCCCUGGAGAGCAGCCACCGCGCGGCGCUGGUGCUGCGCCGGGCCCUGGACUACGACACGGGCGACGUGGACUUCCAGCUCACCGUCAUGGCCUCGGACCGCGGCUCGCCGCCCAAGAACAGCACCACGAGCAUCAGGGUGACGGUGCUCGACAACGACGACCUCGGUCCCAAGUUCACCAGAGACGUCUACCGGACCAAGAUAACCGAGUUCUACCCUCUCACCGGCCGGCGCGUGCACCAGGAGCUGCGCUUCGAGCCGCCCGUGGAAGCGCGCGACCAGGACCUCGCCAUAGACGCGCCGCUGCGCUACGACCUGGUGGCCGGCAACGAGCGCCGCCUCUUCGCGGUGGACGCGCGCAACGGCUCGCUGUUCCUGGAGCGCGAGCUGGACCUGGAGCAGGAGCGCGGGCUGCCGGGCAACACCUUCACGCUGCAGCUGCAGGCGGCGCAGCUGGACAACCCGCUGCGGGCCGCCACGGCGCGCCUCGAGGUCGAGGUGCUGGACCUCAACGACAACCUGCCGCAGUUCGAGCACCAGCUCUACAACAUCAGCAUCGUGGAGAACCUGCCCAACGGCUUCAGCGUGCUGCAGGUGGUCGCGCGCGACCUCGACCAGGGAGACAACGGCGAGUUCACGUACCAGCUGGAGGACCCCCGCGGCGCCUUCGUGGUGGACCCGCGCACCGGCUGGCUGACGGUGCGCGACCAGGCGGCGCUGGACCGCGAGCGGCAGUCCUCGCUGACCAUGAGGGUGGAGGCGCGGGAGAAGGUGCCCAGCGCGGCGGGCAGCCAGGUGUCAGCGGCCACCGUCGAGGUCACGCUGCUGGACGCCAACGACAACAACCCGGCCUUCGUGCCCUCCAACCUGUACGAGUUCUCCGUGGAGAGCGACGUGCGCGUCGGCAGCAUCGUGGGCCAGGUCCACGCCACGGACCCGGACCUGGGUCGCAACGGCAUGGUGCUGUACGAGCUGCAGCGGCCGGGCAACGGCUCCCAGGCGUUGGCGCUCUCCGUGGACGCGCGCAGCGGCCAGCUGGUCGUCAUCGACUCGCCGCUCGCUGUGGGGCGCCACGCGCUGCUGGUGCAGGCCGCCGACCAGCCUGCCAACCCCAGCGAGCGGCGCUUCUCGCUCGCCGUCGUCACCGUGCACGUCACCCGGCCCGGCGGCAAAGUUCUGUAUGCGUUUGUAGCGAAGGACAAUGACUUGCCCGACUUCAUCGGCGCGCCGUACGAGUUCUGGGUCGGGUACAACGUGCCAGUCGGCACGAGUGUGGGUCAGAUACGAGUCACCGACGCCGUCGACAAGAACACCGUCAUCUACGACAUGCUGCACAGCUACCACGACGGAGUGCCCUUCGCCGUGGAGGAGCGCUCGGGCACCAUCAGCGUCAUGGACGAGAUCGCCAAGUACGAGCCGCGCCAGUACGAGUUCGAGGCGGUGGUGUCGGACGGCCGUGACGUCACGCUGGUCAGCAACGUCACCAUCCACGUGGUCGAGGCGGUCCAGACGAGCUCGGAGCUCGCCAACAGGAGCUCGGCGGCGCCGCUGCAGUUCAGGGUGCGCGAGAACGUGGCGGGCGCGCUGGUGGGCCAGCUGGGCAACACCUCGGCCGGCUGGAGGAACAUGCGCUUCAUGAUCGCCAACCAGCAGGACGUGGCGGAGCGCUUCGCCGUGACGCAGGACGGUGCCCUGUACACGCAGCGGCCCCUGGACCGGGAGGAGCGGGCCAGCUACCGGCUCACGCUGGUGGCCGAGAGCCCUCGCGGCCUGGCGCGCGGCCCUGCCAUCUACCAGGUGGACGUGGCGGUGGAGGACGAGAACGACAACCCGCCGGUGUUCGAGCGCCCGGCCUACGAGGGCCGCGUCAGGGAGAACUCUCCCGCCGGCACGGAGGUGAGCCUGGACAGCCCCGUGCGGGCGCGAGACGCUGACGCCGCGCCCAACGCGCAGUUCAGCUUCACGCUGCACGGCGACGGCAGCGAGCUGUUCGCGCUGGACCAGGCGGGCGGCCGCGUGCUGCUCAAGGCGGCCCUGCUGGACCGGGAGACCAAGGCUAUGUACUCGCUCAUGGUCGUGGCCCGCGACAAGGGUAACCUCAACUCAGAAGCUAAACUGACCAUCCAUGUUGACGAUGUCAACGAUAAUGCGCCGAACUUCUUGCAAAUGGUAGCUCUUCAAGAUCAAGACAUCGAGAUAUCAGAGCCGACCGUGCCCGGGAACGCUACGCCGCACCUGCCAGCCAACAUGACCAGCGAGGAGUACGUCAGCCACAUGGCCACCACGAACUUCACGAACCACGACAACAUCCUGUACGUGGCGCCCCUCGUGACGAUACCAGAGGACACUCCUGUGGGCAUGGCCAUCCUGCGACUUCUCGCCGACGAUCGCGACGCCGGGAGCAACGCGACCAUCGCCUACAGCAUUUCCUCGGAGACCUUCAUCCCGAACCUUGUCCUGGGGCCUCCCAAACCGACGUCCAAGAACUACUUCUUGAUACACCCAGUAAACGGAGAAGUGUCGGUCGCACGAAUUCUCCCUCCCGUGACUGAAUUUCGGUUGAACUUCACAGCAACCGACGGGGGAGGACUAUCUGAUAACGUUUCCGUCAGGAUUUACGUGAAAGACGUCAACGACCACGCACCAGUUUUCAAGAAGUCGUGGUACAUGUUUGAUUUAAAAGAAGGGUUCUACUCCGGGUACAUAGUUGGGAAGGUCGAAGCCACCGACUCCGACUUUGGCCCGAACUCGGAAAUAUCCUACACAAUUCUGCAGAGCGAAAACGCGUCGAUCCCGCUGCCUUUCAGGAUAUCCAGGACCGGCGGAGAGAUAAGCGUGAACGGUAACAUCGACAGGGAGUCGAAAGAUCACUACAAGUUCAGGGUGAUGUCCCAAGACGGCGGUACGUCGCCACGCAGGAAGAACAGCGUCGUGAACGUGGAGGUGCACGUUCUGGACGUGAACGACAACGCCCCGACGUUCUACAACUACGACCACAUCCUCCAGGUGUUCCCGACGUCGGUGGGCGCGGGCGAGGACAGGAACCCCGUUCUCAUCCCGGUCUACUACGCGUCCGUCCUGGAGAACAGCCCCGCGGGCACCAUCGUCUCGAAAGUGUCGGCCAACGACUCGGACUUCCAAGGGAACGGCAACGGCCUCCUGCUGUUCGACAUCCCGCGCCGGACGGACGGACACGACUCGUUCAGCAUCGACUCGAAGGAGGGCCUGAUCAGGACCGCGGGCGCGCUGGACUACGAGCGGCGGGGAGCGUACAACGUGACCGUGGUGGCCUCGGACCUGGGCAGCCCCAGCCUGAGCUCGACGGCCGUGGUGGCGGUGAGCGUGGUGGACCUGCAGGAGGAGGCCGGAGAGCCGCCGCGGCCGGUCUUCGCGCACCGCUACUACGAGGUGGAGCUGCCCGAGAACAGCGCGCCCGCCCGCCUGCUGGACCUAGAGGUCACCGAGGCCUACAGGGACUCCAGCCUCAGGUUCUCGCUGGCCCCCUCGCCAGGCAGCGAGCGCUUCCAGAUACACGCGCGCAACGGCACCCUGGUCGCGACUGGCAGCCUGGACCGCGAGCAGCAGGCGCUGUACGAGCUGCGCGUGAGGGUGGAGCAGCUGAAGAAGGGCCGCGGCCUGCCCGUGCUGCUGUACCCGCUGCCCGCCGAGCGCCUGGCCGACCUCGCUGCCAACGAAGUAAAAGUUAUAGUUCGAGUCAAAGAUGUGAACGACAACUCUCCGAAAUUCGUUGUGAAUGGAAGGCCCAUAGUGGCAGCCAUCCCGACAAGUGCCAGCUAUGGGUACCACAUUGUGAGGUUACAGGCGACGGACGCGGACGAGGGCGUGAACGCGGACCUGCGCUACCAGAUCCUGGGGCGCGCCGACGACCAGGCGCGCCGCUUCGCCGUGGACGCGCUGACGGGGCAGGUGCGGUCCGUGGCGAGCUUCGCGCGCGACGCCGGCCGCGUGUUCGGCUUCGACGUGAAGGCCACGGACCGCCGCGGCGCCGACGACGGCCGCUCCGCCAUCACCAACGUCUUCGUUUAUGUUCUGGAUGAUCGCAAACAACUAAUUCUAACUCUAGGAACAAGGCCAACAUCGAUAGAAAAGAAUAUUGAAAAUAUCACAAAUUCCCUUUACAACAUCACAGGCCUUGAUGUGAGAGUGCGGAAGAUUGAACCACACUCUGAACGAGAUUUAGAAGACGGCACAGCGACUGACCUGUUCCUUUAUGCCGUUGAUCCUCUGAUGAAUGUCAUCAUUGAUAUGGACACACUGCAAAACAUGCUGCAGCUGAAGCGGGCCGACAUGGAGCGCGAGCUGGACCAGUACCGGGUGCUGGACGUGGCGCCGGCCCGCGAGCUGGUGGUAGCGAGUGCCGGCACGAGAGAGCGUGUGCUAGCAGCGUGCUUGCGACGGUGCUUGCAGCAUGCUGCAGCUGAAGCGGGCCGACAUGGAGCGCGAGCUGGACCAGUACCGGGUGCUGGACGUGGCGCCGGCCCGCGAGCUGGUGGUAGCAGGCCACCCGGGGGGUCGCCACCAUCGCUCUCCGCCCUGGAGGUGGGCGUCGUGGCGCUGGCCUGCGUCGUGUUCGCGGGCGCCCUGGCCGCCGCCGUCUGCGUCGCCUGCUUGCGCCGCGGCCGCCGCAGGAGGCAGCAGGAGCGCCUGGCCGGCAAGAUGUUCCACCCGCCCGUGGGCUUCACGUUCGGCGGCGCCGCCAACCCGGCGCUGGGCGGCCAGCACCCCCUGGCCAAGGCACACCUCUUCUCCGCCUCGUACCUGGACGCGCUCGCCGGAGACACCACCGACACCUACGUCGACAUGCACUCCAACAAGUCCGGCGGCGGCGGCUACCACCGCCACGACUACCACCUGCACGACCACCUGCCGGUGCACCUGGUGCAGUCCGGCGGCGGCGGCUACCACCGCCACGACUACCACCUGCACGACCACCUGCCGGUGCACCUGGUGCAGUCCGGCGGCGGCGGCUACCACCGCCACGACUACCAUCUGCACGACCACCUGCCGGUGCACAUGGUGCAGUCCGGCGGCGGCGGCUACCACCGCCACGACUACCACCUGCACGACCACCUGCCGGUGCACAUGGUGCAGUCCGGCGGCGGCGGCUACCACCGCCACGACUACCACCUGCACGACCACCUGCCGGUGCACCUGGUGCAGUCCGGCGGCGGCGGCUACCACCGCCACGACUACCACCUGCACGACCACCUGCCGGUGCACCUGGUGCAGUCCGGCGGCGGCGGCUACCACCGCCACGACUACCACCUGCACGACCACCUGCCGGUGCACCUGGUGCAGUCCGGCGGCGGCGGCUACCACCGCCACGACUACCACCUGCACGACCACCUGCCGGUGCACAUGGUGCAGCCUGACAUCCCCGACACCACCGACACCUACGUCGACAUGCACUCCAACAAGUCCGGCGGCGGCGGCUACCACCGCCACGACUACCACCUGCACGACCACCUGCCGGUGCACCUGGUGCAGGGCCGGCAGCGACCGCGGCGCCACCAGCACGAGCCGUCGUGCGGCCGACACCCGCAGCGCCGCGCCACCGUCGGCCCGGCGCUCGAGACCUCCAUGACGUCACUGCACUCGAGCAGCAAGGACUCGGGCAUCGCCGAGCACACCCGCUGCGUGUGCGGCCACUCCACCAGCCCUUCCUCGGCCGACAGCAGCAACGGAAGCUACGAGGACUCGCUCAAGUCCCUGCACCGCCAGCAGACCAGCGAGGCGACGCCCGCCGACGCUAGGCCAGUGAACGGGGCGAGGCGUCCCGGCGGCGCCCAGCGCAGGCGGCAACGUCACAACUCCGUGAGCAGCUUCCAGCAGCCACCACCAGCGGCGCUGGUAGCGCUGCCCGCCCCCGCUCUGGCGCGCCGUCCCAGCAACAGGGUCGCGGCCGGCAGGUAGCUCUGCUCUACCCGGGUCUCACCUAGCGCCACAGUGGCGCCCAGCUCAGGCAGCUACGUCACAACUCCGUGAGCAGCUUCCAGCCGCCACCACCAGCGGCGCUGGUAGCGCUACCCGCCCCUGCUCUGGCGCGCCGUCCCAGCAGCAGGGUCGCGGCCGGCACGUAGCUCUGCUCUACCUGGGUCUCACCUAGCGCCACAACGGAGCCCAGCGCAGGCAGCUACGUCACAACUCCGUGAGCAGCUUCCAGCAGCCACCACCAGCGGCGCUGGUAGCGCUGCCCGCCCCCGCUCUGGCGCGCCGUCCUAGCAGCAGGGUCGCGGCCGGCACGUAGCUCUGCUCUACCUGGGUCUCACCUAGCGCCACAGCGGCGCCCAGCUCAAGCAGCUAGGUCGCAACUCCGUGAGCAGCUUCCAGCAGCCAUCACCAGCGGCGCUGGUAGCGCUACCCGCCCCCGCUCUGGCGCGCCGUCCCAGCAACAGGGUCGCGGCCGGCACGUAGCUCUGCUCUACCCGGGUCUCACCUAGCGCCACAGCGGCGCCCAGCUCAGGCAGCUAGGUCGCAACUCCGUGAGCAGCUUCCAGCAGCCAUCACCAGCGGCGCUGGUAGCGCUACCCGCCCCCGCUCUGGCGCGCCGUCCCAGCAACAGGGUCGCGGCCGGCACAUAGCUCUGCUCCACUCGGGUCUCACCUAGCGCCACAGCGGCGCCCAGCGCAGGCAGCUACGUCACAACUCCGUGAGCAGCUUCAAGCAGCCACCACCAGCGGCGCUGGUAGCGCUGCCCGCCCCCGCUCUGGCGCGCCGUCCCAGCAACAGGGUCGCGGCCGGCACGUAGCUCUGCUCUACCCGGGUCUCACCUAGCGCCACAGCGUCGCCCAGCUCAGGCAGCUAGGUCGCAACUCCGUGAGCAGCUUCCAGCAGCCAUCACCAGCGGCGCUGGUAGCGCUACCCGCCCCCGCUCUGGCGCGCCGUCCCAGCAACAGGGUCGCGGCCGGCACGUAGCUCUGCUCCACUCGGGUCUCACCUAGCGCCACAGCGGCGCCCAGCGCAGGCAGCUACGUCACAACUCCGUGAGCAGCUUCAAGCAGCCACCACCAGCGGCGCUGGUAGCGCUGCCCGCCCCCGCUCUGGCGUGCCGUCCCAGCAGCAGUGUCGUGGCCGGCACGUAGCUCUGCUCCACUCGGGUCUCACCUAGCGCCACAGCGGCGCCCAGCGCAGGCAGCUACGUCACAACUCCGUGAGCAGCUUCAAGCAGACACCACCAGCGGCGCUGGUAGCGCUGCCCGCCCCCGCUCUGGCGCGCCAUCCCAGCAGCAGGGUCGCGGCCGGCACGUAGCUCUGCUCUACCCGGGUCUCACCUAGCACCACAACGGAGCCCAGCGCAGGCAGCUACGUCACAACUCCGUGAACAGCUUCCAGCAGCCACCACCAGCGGCGCUGGUAGCGCUGCCCGCCCCCGCUCUGGCGCGCCGUCCCAGCAGCAGGGUCGCGGCCGGCACGUAGCUCUGCUCUACUCAGGUCUCACCUCAUAGCGCUCUACGAGUCUGAGUACCAACGAGUCAUCGGAGGAACGAACUCAUAUCCUCUUCAUAAUAUAUAGUAGUGGAUGCUUUUGUUCUUACACCGGGAGACCUGUGUAGUAUGAUUUGGUGAUAAAGUGGAUAACACUCUUAUUUCUUCGUGCUCCACUGCUCAUGAACACCCGUGAGACCUGUGCCUCUGCGAUACAAAGAGCCAUAUGUUGCUCCCUGCUGUUAUCGGGAUCACACCGCUACCUGGAGACACAAUCUCGGGGGUCUUGCAGCUGAGAUAUAUGCUUGGACCCAUCGUAAAUGGAACAGUAUCAUGUAGAAGUUUAUAUCUAGAGACGAUAGGUAUUGUAUCGUGAUUCAUGUAUAAUGUACCAUGUUAAAUGUUAUCUUGGUCAUCACUGUGUACAUUUACCGGGUUUAACUGAUGUGAGCUCACAUUUAUUUAUGUGUUCUAGAGUUCAGUUGUGAUUACAGAUCUAAUAUUCUAGCCAUGGUUAUUCGACUCAAGUUUAAGAUGGAUAAGUGUUUUUCUCUGGUGUUUAUCGUGUCUUUGGACAGAUCUGGAAAAUGUAACAAGGGUGGUUUCAUUUAAAACCUUAAAGGUUUGUAGUAGUUUGUUGUAAUUUGAUGGUGACGAGAAAAACUGUAAGGUUUUCCUUCAAGUUGGCACUAAGUAAAUCUUAUUAGUAUUUGUUACUAGCGAGUGCAGACCAUUUUUAUCGUAAGCAAAAAUUUAAACAUCGGUAAUUGACAUGUGGAUCAGCUUUUAAAGUUUUACAAAACGUAAUUAAAAAUCUAUUUUAGAAUUAAAUUUAUAACUUAAAUCUUAAUGUUAGCUUUUCUUAUUUUAUUCAAGAACUGGAACAAAGCUUUUGAAAGAUUUGGUUUUACUUUUGAAAAUUUACGUGCAGCGAUUAUACUCGCUGACUCCCAAAGACAAUAAAAGUCACUGUGCUAUAAAUCAUUUCUUAAACCAAUUUACCAUUAUUUAUGUAAGAAAUAUUAAAAUUGCUUACUUCAGGAAAGGGAGAUAUUUGAGUACUUUUGGAACUUUACAACGAUUUUAUCAAAAAACCGUUUUAAUUAUACUUGGUUUGCAGACCAAUAUUGAAAAUUCUCUACCAAGAGAAUAAAGUUUUUAACUCAACAGUGAAAAGCAACAUAAUAAAGUGCUUUGCAAGCAUUAUGUAAUAGCUAUAUUUUAGAUCUCAAGCGAUACAAUUAAAGUUAUGUAUUCAAUAAAUUGUUAUAAUAUUUUACUUUUCUGAAUUUUCUUUUUGUGGAACUCGACGUUACCGCAUUUGUGCAAUAAUGUUAUUAGCAAUAUCAUACUAUUUGUAUAAUUUUAAAACAAAUUACAUAUUAUGUAACUAAAUAGCAAAUAGCCAAUAUAUAUUAAAAUAUAGCUCUAAUGUAAGUGUAAAAUCAUUAACAACUAUUUGCAAAAAUAAGAUUAACAUCACUUCUAAUUUGUUACAACCACUGAAACAAGGCUAAGAAAUACAAAAUUGUAAAUUUUUUCUGUCUGUUAUUGUAUGAUUCAUGGUACAAAAUUGUUUCCCAACGACUUGUAAAUCUUCUUGCAUGACAUUUUUGGCGAUUGUUUAUGUAGAUAGUUGUGAUUUCAGUUACAUAUUCUAUGUGCUACAGCAUAACAGCAUUUGGGAACCCUUUCAAGAGUAUUUUAAUCAUGUGUCAGAUUUACAAUAACAUAGCAAUAAACUGGUGAUACAUAACAUAAAUCCCGUAAUAACUCAAGUCCAAAUAUCAUGAUUGUGCCAAAUAAUGUUAACAUGUUUUUGUAAUUAUUUUAGAAUCAACUCUGGAAUCAAUUAAUUUUAAAGAUCUGUAAAAUUUACGAUAAAUAUAAUAUUUUUCUAGCUACUGAUUUUAAUUUAAAUUUGUAUUACAAGAAUUCACAAGUGAUCAAUAAGUACAUUUAAAUUGCGCAGUGAACUAAAAAUACAUAUCUAUAAAACAUACAUAAAAUAAAAUUCUCACAUACACUAUUAAAUGUAUUGUGAAAAAUUAAAUAAUGUUAUAAAUCACAUAAAAAGUUUUAAGUAAUAUACUGAGUCUGAAGGUUGUAAUGUAUACAUUAAAAUUUGAAAUUACUUGUUGAAUUAAUUUUCCGUAACGUCUUCAUUUCACAUUUUUUUGUAUAUGAUUCAUAACUUGUUUUCAUAUAAAUGAGAGUGCCAAUUUCUCCUAUGACAAUUAAUGCUAGUUGUACAGAUGUCAAAGAAUUGUCCCAAAUGUGAUUUAUAGUUUCUCUUGUCUUGCAGUUUACAAAGUUAAAAAUGAUAUGAAAUUUGUUUUUACUUACAUAAAUUGUCUCUUUGCACGCAAUUUCCUAAUGCUUUUUAGAACAAUGAAAAUUUACAGUCAAAAAGACUGUUUAUUGAAAGAAAAUUGUAGAGCAAUAUUAUUGGAAUAGGCCUAAAUGUCAUUUAAUCUAUAGAUUUAACAGAAAUGCUUUUCCAACAAUGUAUACCGACUGUUUCAAAUGUUGACUGAAAUAUAAGUGGUGUAACUUGUGGGUUUUAUAAUGGCUCAGUAGGACCACGGGAAAUGGUGUUUGUACGCCUUCGAAAUGCAAUGCCGCAAGAAACGGCAAUAGAUCAAUCAACCGCUUUUCUGUUUGUUCCAGCCCUGACGUGUGGGGAAAUGUGAUGAAUGGCGGUGUGGGAGGAUGUUAGGUCAAGGGAAUCUGUAAUUAAUGUUAAGGGUAGAGUUUUAGACAAGCCAUCAAACACUACUGCAAAUGAAGCAGAUUUAUGUUACUCAAUUUCUACCAAAGGCCAAGAUAGACUUUAUACAGCAUUUUCAUUUUACAAUAAUUGAUUUGAGGAUCAUAUUCUUUGAGUUUAUUGAUAAAAACAAUAUUAUUUACAUAAUUAGUCGACAAUUCGGGUGUAAAGAAAAGUUGAUCUAUUUAAAUAUAUUUUAUCAAUGUCUACGUUUUGAUCACAGGUAUUUUAUUAGUAGAAUGAGUGAAGUUUACAAGUAUUAAAUUUAUUCUGAAACACACAAUUUGCCCGAUUAUAAGGUGUUUACAAUAUUAAACAUACUCCUACAGGAAAAAAAUUGUCUGGUUACUCUCUGAAAUUAUUUAAUAAAUUAUUUUACCGAACAACGAUAGCAUUUUGUUUUACCUUAGCACUACAAAUUAUGAUUAACAUAUUAAGGGUUUUAAUAACACGGACUUGGAUGGAUGAACACAUUUCAGAGUCAUUAUUUUAUUGUUUAUAUGUUUUAGUUAGAUUUAUACUGUCAGAAUAUAAAUGUAAAAGUAGGCAAUUUUAGUUAUAGUUCCAUUUUUAUAAAAUAUUUGUACCUUAACUGAUUUUUACCAGCUAAUUUAUGGUUUUCAAUGUUGCAUGGAACCGUGCAUUCGUGAAUAGAUGAGUGCGAAAUACAUAGUAAUUAACAACCACAUUUUAAUAAUAAUUUAAACCUAUUUCACAAUGUUUAAUUGUAUUCUAGGAAUCACUUUGUGUGCAAUAAAUAGUACAACUUCCAUUUAAGUUACCUAUGAAUAUACUGAAAAAAAUUAUCUGAACCAAUUAGCUCAAUGUUUAAACGUUUUUGUUCGGAAUUUCAAUGAAAACCCCUUUAAUUAUCAGUAUUUUUUACUCGAUAAUUGUAUAAAAUAUAUAUGUUACCAUUACAAAAAAAAAGUGUUUGUAACAAUAAAGUGUUCACAUUGGUGCCUCAAGAAUCCCUUUAACUAUUUAUAGUAUCUAUUUUUAUGAACUAUUUUGUAAAUAUUUAUGAAAAAAAUACCUUUUUUUUUAAAUUUUAUAUGAAGUGUUAUAUUAAAUAUAUGUAAUGUUUUGAAAGUUAUAUAAAGCAUUUUUUCUGGCUUAUGUAUUUUUAAGUUAUAUUUUAUUCAUGAU